AGGCAGCUCGGGAAUACAGCUAUAGGCCUACAAAUCAAGUGAGGUGACUGUACUUCAGUUUUCAUUCGGUUAUCAGGAUUUGAAACUAGAAUCCACAGAGAGCCUUCGUGACCGAAUCAAGCAAUUACAAUGUUAUAGCUUCGAUACUGACACCAUUCGGCAUGAAAAUAAACGGCAAUGUUUUUGACGUUGUUUCGCGGGGAUUAUGCUACUAUUCUCGGAUUUGAAAGGGAGAGAGCAGCGCGGCACUAGAGAAGCCGGAGGUUAAUCACGUUUUCAGCACCGAGACAGCUCCUUGUGGAAGAGGUCUAUAUUCGGCAGCAAGGAGUCCCUUCUGCGAUCGCGGGGGAAGCCCUCAACCCUCACUAGCACAUUUGGAGCGGUGUAGCCAACAACACACACAACGUUCUGACCUUUCUUCCUCCACUCUCCAACGAUGCCGGUUAUUUGGUGGUCAGUCAGGGACACUUAAUAUAAUCUUGCUGAACGACGAUGGUGCUUGCAUUUCGGCUCCAGUCUUUUCGUUUUGCACAGGAUUUUAAGCAGCAGCAGUGGUGCUUGUCCAAUGUAAAAGUGCUAAGGAAGGCAGCAGCCUACACAUCGCCACGAGCUUGGAGCACGAGCCUCACUCACGCUGAUCAUCACAGAGGGAGACAUCACGAGCACGCGGCCAACGGGAGGCUCGAUUAGACUGUCAACAAUGUAAAUCAAGACAGGUUCAACAUGAGUUCAGCAGAGUCUAUCUGGUGUGGUGAUCUCAGAAGCUAAGAGAGGCAUAGCCUGACUGAGAACUGAGUGAAGAUCAUAGCCUCCUCCUCUUCCUCUCUCCAUCACCAUCCACCAACAUGGCUAACCCUCAUGACGUGGUGGAGCAGCAGGCUGGAGGCCUAUCAGACCUGGAGAUCAUCUCCCAGCCAGACCCAGUGGAGGAGCAUGGUGUGCAGGAGAUGGACCCUUCCUGCAUGCCUCCUGUCCAGCUGGUCAGCUUCGGCUACAGGGACCUUCCUCUGGCCCACCUGGACCUCUCCCUGGCCGGAUCACAGCUCCUCUCUAACCUGGAUGAGGACGACAACAGGGAAGGGUCUAACUGGUUGAAGCCGUGCUGUGGGCGGAGGGUAGCCCCGUGGCAGGUGUGUCUGCUCAGUGCAGGCUUCAACUGUUUCCUGGUGGCCCUGGUCAUCCUGGUGGUGGUCUUCUUGACCCUGGAACUCCUCAUAGACACCAAUCAUCUACAAUUUGCCAAUGCUAUUCAAUUUGCCAGCGUCAUCCAUUGGAUCAGCCUUGCCAUCCUUUCACUCUUCUUCACUGAGACUGUCUUCAGGAUUGUAGUCCUUGGGAUUUGGGACUACAUUGAGAACAAAGUAGAGGUGUUUGACGGGGCAGUCAUCGUGUUGUCCCUGGCCCCUAUGGUAGCCUCCACGGUAGCCAACGGCCCCAGCAGUCCCUGGGACGCCAUCAGCCUCAUUAUCACCCUGCGCAUCUGGAGAGUCAAGAGAAUCAUAGACGCCUAUGUGUUGCAGGUGAAGGUGGAGAUGGAGCUGGAGAUCCUGCAGUGUGAGAAGAUCAAGGCUGUCAGGGAGGAGCAGUUGGAACGACUCACACAGAUCUGCCAGGAGCAGGCAUUUGAGAUCAGACAGCUCCGGGCCCACCUGGCCCAGCAGGACUUGGACCUGGCUGCAGAGCAGGAGGCUGCUAUGCAGAUCCACCAUGUGUGGAGCAAGCAGAGGAGCAGCUACCAGGUGGUGGAGAGCCAGGGCCCUGGGGAGUCUGACGAUGAGGGACAUGGAGUCCUCAGGGAGACCCCAGCAGAUCCUGUUGUCCAUCAUGACGACAUGAACAACUAUAUCAGCCAGUACUACAGUGAACAGAGUACUGACAUGGGGGGUCCUCGUGUCAUCACCACGUCAGCCAUCGAUGUCCACCUCCCCACGACCCAUUACCCCGCCCACAACAACCCUCUGCUGGGCGUGGAGCAAAUGAGCAGCGCUGUGAGUGACACGUCCACCAGCGUAUCACGGUCCAGCAGCAGUCUGACGGCCCGCCCCCAUAGCCUGAGCAGCCACACCCUGCGCUCGUCUACUACGGACUGCAGCAGCAACGCCACGGCCAGGGACUACCACACCCAGGCUAGGAACUACAAUUCCCAUACCAAGGCCCGGGGGCCUUAUCUGGACUACAAGUCCCAGAAGCAGACCCAGGACAGGGAAUUUAACACUGAGCACUCCAACACCCAGGGCCAGCGCUGCUUCCCCCUGCCCUACUGCAGCCCUCUGGGCCUGGGUCUGACCUCAGCCCAGCCUCCCCUUCCACAGGACCCCAGCGUGGUAGUCCAGGAGCUGCUCUCCUCCCUGUCUGAGAACUCCUGUCUGGCCCAGAAAGGCCUGGUGGACCCAGUUAACCUGAAGCUUCCCAGUCCUGCCGGCUCAGCCAAGGCCAGCCCAGAGCUGGAGCACAGAAUCAACAUCUACAACUGGAAGAAUCAGGAGGAGAACCAGUACCAGAGCCGGGGCCAGAGACAGGGCCGAGCCGCAGCCACUGUGCUCCUACAGACUAAGCCUCUCAUCCACCUGCAGGGCGGCACUCCUGAGUCCUCUUUGGAGGAGAAGUAUAGGCUACUGGGCCCUGCUGAUGGUCCACUGGGCCGUCUGCCUGACACAUAGGGUUGAUUCACACCACUGAGCUGAGCCAAGCCGAACCGAGCUGCAUUGUGCUGGCCUGGUUAUGCAUCCACCAUAGUUGUUUGAACCGUGCUGGAAAGGACAUGUGAAAAUAAUAUAUCAGAGUCAGCACUGGUUGGCUCGGGUCGGCACAACAGUGUCAAAAGGGCAAUAGUUCAUCCCAGAGGACAAAGCAUACAGCUCAAGACAGAACUGACUGACCUGGCUUCUCCAAAUCCUCAUGCUUCAAACAAAGUCAGAGCCUGGUCCAAGAUCAAACCUGGCGUUACAAAGACCAUCUGUUAGCAAGACAGCACAAACACAUCUGGGGCUAGGCUACCGCUCUCAUGUUAGUCUUCCCUUCUCUGUGGGGC